AUGAAAAGGAAUUACCAUGUGUUCCUCAGUUUCAGAGGGACAGAUGUCCGCCAAGGCUUCCUCAGUCAUCUCUACGUGGCUCUGGACCAAAAAGGAAUAUAUACUUUUGUGGAUAGCGAGGAGCUUAGGAAAGGAGAGGAAAUAUCGCCGGCGCUCAUGAGGGCAAUUGAGGAAUCACACGUUGCGAUCAUCGUUUUCUCUGAGCACUACGCUUCCUCACGGUGGUGUUUGGAAGAGCUCUUGAAAAUCAUGGAGUGCAAGGAGAAAAUGGCUGAAGGUGUUUCUGUGUUUUACGAGUGGAACCCAGAGAAGUGA